AUGGCUAACCUUUGUCGCCCUACCACGAAUCUCACUCUCUCUGUCCAUAUCUCUCUAUUUCUCUUCCACCAAGAGGUUUCCGGUCACGAUUCUUUUCUUCAUCUACACCGUCGACGGACUGAGCAAGGCGUCGCUUCUUCUGCACUUGUGGAUCUCACUGGACGCCGAUCCGAAAAGCUAAGAGCAUCGAGUGGUAUAGGAGUCGAGACAGCUCGUAUUCUUGCACUGCGUAGUGUGCAAGUGGUUACGGCUGUGACGAACACUGGCUCUUGUGCUAAAGUUAAACAAGAUAUUGUCAACCAAGUCCCUGGUGCUAAAGUUGUUGUCAUGGAGUUAGACCUCAGCUCAAUGGAAUCUGUCAGGAAAUUUGCAUCUGACUACAAAUCUGAUGGUCUUCCUCUCAACCUCUUGAUGUAA